GGGGUAAGAGAAAUAAGCCACAGCAUGACAUUGGAAGUCAGUGGUAGUGAUGUCGUUCUUUAAUCGAGCUGAUUACUUUGAUCUGCCUUACUGGCAAAAUGGACCGGCACCCGGAUCGCUUUAUCAUUUUCCAGAUUUCACGACGAAUUUCAAUUCCGAUGCUAUACAAAGAACCCAAUCGCCAAUGGUUACGGGUACGUCUGUCGUGGGAAUGCAAUUCAAAGAUGGUAUAAUCAUUGCCGCCGAUGUCUUGGCUUCUUACGGCUCGCUCGCUCGAUUCCGAAAUUGCGAGCGAGUUAUUAAAGUUAAUGACAACAUUAUUCUUGGAGCUGGCGGCGAUUACGCUGAUUAUCAGUAUCUGAGAAGCCUCAUUGAACAAAAAAUUCUAGACGAACAGUGUCUCGACGAUGGAUUCAAAUUAAAGCCAAAGUCAUUACAUUGCUGGUUGACCAGAGUAAUGUAUAAUAAAAGAUCAAGUUUUGAUCCUUUGUGGAAUAAUUUUAUCAUUGGAGGCAUCGAAGAUGAUCAAUUAUAUUUAGGCACUGUUGACAAAUUGGGAACAGCCUUCACAGAUCCGGUAAUUUCAACAGGAUACGGCGCUUACUUGGCAACGCCCAUUAUAGCCAAAGCCUAUGAGGCCAACAGUCAAAUGACCGAGAAAGAAGCCACGGAUCUCAUUUAUAAAGUUAUGCAAGUCCUUUUCUACAGGGAUGCAAGGUCCUUCCCAAAAUACCACCUUGGAAUAAUCACAAAGGAAAAAGGAAUUGAAAUAAGAGGUCCGAUUAGCAUUGUUACCGAUCAAUGAAUUGUAAAAUAAUGAAAAGUUAUUGUAAGGUGACCGAUUCAAGUUUACUUAAGAUAACCACCAGGCUUCAAGGUGUUUUCAUAAAUGCAAUUUAAUUACCCUA